AUGAUGGCGACCGAUGUUGUAGAUGACCGUAUGAUGAGGGAAGCUCAGAGGGAUUAUUUGGAUUUCUUAGAUGAUGAUCAAGAUCAGGGGAUUUACCAGAGCAAAGUCCGGGACAUGAUCAGCGAGAAUAAGUCUCGUCUCAUCGUCAACAUAAACGAUCUGAGGAGACGCAACGACGCAAGGGCCGCAAAAUUGAUGAACAAUGCUUUUGAAGAGCUAACGGCCUUCCAGCUGGCACUGAAGGACUUGGUAGCAUCUGUUGACGCCACCUACGCCAAACAGUAUGAGGAGUUUAACAUCGGCUUGGAGGGAAGCUUCGGCUCAAAGCACGUCACCCCCAGGACGUUGACAUCAAGGCUACUGGGCAGCAUGGUCUGCGUGGAAGGCAUCAUCACCAAGUGUUCUCUUGUGCGCCCCAAAGUGGUGCGCAGUGUCCACUAUUGCCCUGCGACCAACAAGACCAUGGAGAGAAAGUACACAGAUAUGACCUCCUUGGAUCCGUUUCCUUCUAGUGCCAUAUAUCCCACUAAGGACGAGGAGAACAACCCUCUGGAAACGGAGUUCGGUCUUUCCAUCUACAAGGAUCACCAGACCAUCACUGUGCAGGAGAUGCCAGAGAAAGCCCCCGCAGGCCAAUUGCCUCGCUCUGUUGACAUCAUUCUGGACAAUGAUCUAGUGGAUGUGGUUAAACCAGGAGACAGAGUGCAGGUCAUUGGAACAUAUCGAUGCUUGCCUGGAAAGAAGGGAGGCUUUACUUCUGGAACAUUCAGAACCAUCAUGAUCGCCUGUCACAUCAAACAAUUGAGCAAGGAAGUGACGCCGUCCUUCAAUGCUGACGACGUUAGCAAAAUUCGAAACUUCAGUCAGAGUCGUUCUAUCAAUGUGUUCGAUCAGCUUGCCCGCUCAUUGGCCCCUAGCAUUCACGGCCACGAGUACAUCAAGAAGGCAAUUCUCUGCAUGUUGCUUGGUGGUGUGGAGAAGGUGCUGGAGAAUGGCUCGCGUAUCAGAGGGGACAUCAACAUCCUGCUCAUUGGUGACCCUUCAGUUGCCAAGUCUCAGCUUUUGCGUUACGUUCUUCACACCGCACCCAGAGCCAUCCCCACAACUGGACGGGGCUCCUCUGGGGUGGGCUUGACUGCCGCCGUAACCACUGACCAGGAAACUGGAGAGCGACGUCUGGAGGCCGGCGCCAUGGUGCUAGCCGACCGUGGCGUGGUGUGCAUCGACGAGUUCGACAAGAUGUCGGACAUGGACCGCACUGCCAUCCACGAGGUCAUGGAGCAGGGACGGGUCACCAUCGCCAAAGCCGGCAUCCACGCCCGCCUGAACGCUCGCUGUUCUGUUCUGGCGGCCGCCAACCCGGUCUAUGGCAGAUACAACCAAUACAAAACCCCCAUGGAGAACAUUGGACUGCAGGAUUCUUUGCUGUCACGUUUCGACCUCCUUUUCAUCGUGCUGGAUCAGAUGAACCCAGAACAGGACCGAGAGAUCUCAGACCAUGUCCUCAGAAUGCACCGCUACCGUGACCCCCGCGAGCAGGAGGGUGCAGCAAUGGCUCUAGGUGGCUCAGUAGACGUUUUAGCCACAGAUGACCCGGAUGUUGUAGCACAGGAGCACGAGGAAUUGCAAGUUUACGAGAAACACAACAACCUGCUGCAUGGAAGCAAAAAAAAGAGAGACAAGAUUUUGAGCAAGGAAUUCAUGAGGAAGUACAUCCACAUUGCCAAGGGGGUCACGCCGGUGCUGACGGAGGAGGCAGCUAGUCAUAUUGCAGAAGAAUACUCGAGGCUCAGAAGCCAGGAGCAGCUUGGCGCUGAUAUUGCCAGGACAUCCCCUGUGACAGCUCGAACCCUGGAGACUCUAAUUCGUCUAUCCACGGCACAUGCAAAGGCCCGCAUGAGCAAAUUGGUGGAAAUGGAGGACUCUGAGGUCGCGGUUGAGCUUGUCCAGUUCGCCUACUUUAAGAAGGUUCUUGAGAAGGAGAAAAAGCGUUCUAGAAAGGAACAUGAUUCUGGAUCAGAUGAGGAGGAAGAGGAAGCAUCUACACAACAGUCCCAGAGAACUCAGAGAAAGAGGGUGCGUCGUGGGUCUCAAGGCGGUGAACCAUACAGCCCAUAUGAUUUCAGUGAGGAGCAGGAUGUUCCCCAGAUUCAGACAACCACUGCGAAAAGAUCCAAGGCCAAACCGGUGGAGGAGGAACAAAUGGAUACCUCAUUGGCUGAGAGCGCAGAGGUCACUGCUGAAAGGUUGAAGGAAUUCAAGUCCUCCCUUUUCAAAGUGUUCCAGUCCGCUCACGCUCAGUCAGUAAAGAUGGAAGUCCUGAUGGACGGCAUCAACAAAGAAAGUCUGGUGCGGUUCACCGAGGCGGAGGUCCGUACAGCUUUGACUCGCAUGCAGAAUGACAACCAGGUCAUGGUGGCAGAUGACAUUAUCUUUCUCAUCUGA